GACAAUUGCCUUAAUAUUCUGGUGCGUACGUUAAGAGUAUUUUAAGGCGUUCGUAGUUGGGAUGGUGAAACAUUGUCGCCUUUUAAUAUUUAUUUAAACCUAACUUAACACUACAAGAAAAAUAAGAAUGUUACAAAACAAAUACUACUUAAUAAAACUCUGAGAGCCGUAUUUUAAGACACCAUCGCUUCUCACAUCAACUAUUUCUCAAGGUCAAAGAGGGGAUCAAUCUGGUUUUCAUGAGUGUUUUUUAAGGUUCAUGGCACAGGGGAAGGGUCAAACUACCACCAGGGUCAUAAAACUACCCCUGGAAAGGCCUACAGCUCCUACGAAAGCCUUGUCAAAUAUGUGUUUCUUAGGUUCAUGGUACAGAGGAAGGGUCAAACUACCACCAGGGUCAUAAAACUACCCCUGGAAAGGCCUACAGCUCCUACGAAAGCCUUGUCAAAUAUGUGUUUCUUAGGUUCAUGGUACAGAGGAAGGGUCAAACUACCACCAGGGUCAUAAAACUACCCCUGGAAAGGCCUACAGCUCCUACGAAAGCCUUGUCAAAUAUGUGUUUCUUAGGUUCAUGGUACAGAGGAAGGGUCAAACUACCACCAGGGUCAUAAAACUACCCCUGGAAAGGCCUACAGCUCCUACGAAAGCCAUGUCAAAUAUGUGUUUCUUAGGUUCAUGGUACAGAGGAAGGGUCAAACUACCACCAGGGUCAUAAAACUACCCCUGGAAAGGCCUACAGCUCCUACGAAAGCCUUGUCAAAUAUGUGUUUCUUAGGUUCAUGGUACAGAGGAAGGGUCAAACUACCACCAGGGUCAUAAAACUACCCCUGGAAAGGCCUACAGCUCCUACGAAAGCCUUGUCAAAUAUGUGUUUCUUAGGUUCAUGGUACAGAGGAAGGGUCAAACUACCACCAGGGUUAUAAAACUACCCCUGGAAAGGCCUACAGCUCCUACGAAAGCCUUGUCAAAUAUGUGUUUCUUAGGUUCAUGGUACAGAGGAAGGGUCAAACUACCACCAGGGUCAUAAAACUACCCCUGGAAAGGCCUACAGCUCCUACGAAAGCCUUGUCAAAUAUGUGUUUCUUAGGUUCAUGGUACAGAGGAAGGGUCACACUACCACCAGGGUCAUGAAACUACUCUUGGAAAUGCCCACAACUCCUACGAAAGCCUUGUCAAAUAUGUGUUCUUGGGUGACGGAAUGUUUUAUAAUGCAACCCUCAGUUUCAUUGCCAAAGAAGUGUAUUAAGAAGAAUAUAUACUGAGAAAAACAGAAAAAAAACAAAGAAGAAAACAAUGAAAAAAAAGAAAACUAAAAAGACAAUACAUAUACUAAGAAAAAAAAGUGGAAAAACUGACCCUUCUAUUACCAGGCGGAUAAGGUUGCGUUCACUUGCUCCGGGGCGGUGAGGCAAAACAAUCACUGAAUCAUUGAAACUGACCUAUCUUUCGGCCACUCCUCUAACUCUUUAUAGGCGCAGUGAGUAGCGGGCUUUUUAUAACAUUUGCUAUUUCUUUAUGCCCUUGAACCGACUCCUCUGUUGUAAAAAAAUAUAUAUAAUUGGCUCACUAGAAUUCCUCCCAGAUAGAUGAUUUGGUGUCUUCUGUAGGAGUGGGAUUGUGAGGGGAGGGACUGCAGGGAGCUUGGGGGACGCUGAGUAACCCUGAGGCGGCCUAAGUGUGUGAGAAGUGUCUUGUGUAGGGUGACGAGGUGCUGGGGUGGAGUAUAUUGUGUGGGGCAGGGUGAUAGUUUGUAGCGUAGGGUGAUGUGUGUGUGUAUGUGUGUGUGUUCAUAAGCUGACCUUCCCCCCACACCACACCAUCACAAGCCACCACUGUGUAGCAAUCCAAAACAUUUGUGUCGUAACGUUAUGUGACAUAGAGGAAGCAGGAGUAUUGGGGAAAGAGAAACUGAGAAGGGAAGGGAAGGGAAAGGAAGGGAAGGGAAGGGAAGAGAAGAGAAGGUAAGGGAAGGGAAAGGAAGGAAAGGAAAGGGGAGGAAAGAGGAUUUAAGGGAAGGGCUUGGAACAGAGAGACAAGCAAAAAUCGAAAGAGGAAAGAAAAGGAGAGAUAAGAACAAGCUAGAUAGAAGGGAGGAAAAGGGAGGAGAAAAGAAAGGAAGGGAGAGGGUGAACUGCCUGGGAGGGGUCACGUCUGAAGGGGGAAAGAAAGAAGGGUUACUCACAGAAACAUAGAUACAAGGAUCCACAGAAGGGAGGAGGAUAUCACAGCUGUUAGGCUCACAUACGAUUAUCGCUACUGAAGAGGACUGGGCGUGUUCAAGAAGGCGAGGCAUGAAGGGUCUGUAGAUAGGUAGAGGUGGAUUGGAUCUGUUCACUGGGAUGGCAUGGUUUCAGAACAGUGGAGUGGAGUGGAAGAGAGUGGAGUAUUUAGGUGGUCUGUGAUAUUUACUUGCAUUUGGUGGAUGGGGUUAGGAUAGGGUGGAUGGGUGGAGUAUUGAAGUGGAGUGGGCAUAUACUGGUGUGGAGUAGGAUAGGCAAGCAUGGAUGUGUUGUAUGGAGUAGUGGAGUGGGGUGGGCAAGCAUGGGUGUGUUGGGUGGAGUAGUGGAGUGGGGUGGAAGCAUGGGAGUGUUGGGUGGAGUAGUGGAGUGGGGUGGGCAAGCAUGGGUGUGUUGUGUGGAGUAGUGGAGUGGGGUGGAAGCAUGGGAGUGUUGGGUGGAGUAGUAGUGGAGUGGAGUGGACAACCAUGGGAGUGUUAUGUGGAGUACUGGGAUGAGGUGGAAGCAAGCAUGAAGGUGAAGCGUGGAGAGUGGAGUUAGUGGAUUGAAGGAGUGGAGCAAGUGGAUCAAGAUUAUAAAGGGUGACAUUAUGUAUUGGGUGUGGAUGGAUGGGUGGAUAGGUGGUUGGAACGGUGGCUAGCAAGGAGUGGGUGGGUGGUUGUGGACUGGAUGGAUCUGUUGUAACUCGCUGUCCGGGGUCAAAGGGGAAACGACACAGUGCUUGAACUAACGACAAUUGACUUAAGAUUCUGGUACUUUAGGGGUAUUUAACCCGAUAGCAGCAGGGAUGAUGUUUCUUAAUGGUCCCUCCAAGCGAGAAAAAUGAGAAAAAAUCACCCCUCACACAAAUCAUUUCAUAAUAUAUAUCAAUGCAUUUGUGAUCAGAUUAUGUAUCAUCUAUUUUUGGGGGUUUAUAUCAUGGCACAAAUUUGGCCCGUCGCUGCUACACUGUAAAGCCACAAAUUUGGUCCGUCACUGCUACCGGGUUAAAGGCGUUCGUAAGUUGGGGUGAUGAAACGGUGUCGCUUUCCUUAUAUUUAUUUUAGUCUACCUUAAUACUACUUUAACAUUACAAAAGAUAAAAAUAUUGUUAAAACUAGCGACCGGCUUACGAGACUCAAUCGCCGGCAUUAAAAGACACACUCGCUUCUCAUAUCAACUAUUUCUAAAGGUGAAAGAGGGGAUCAGUCGGGUUCUAAUGAGUGUUUCUUCAGGUUCACGGUACAGAGGAAGGGUCAAACUACCACCAGGGUCAUAAAACUACUCCUGGAAAUGCUCACACCUCCUAGGAAAGCCUUGUCAAAUAUGUGUUUCUUCAGGUUCACGGUACAGAAGAAGGGUCAAACUACCACCAGGGUCAUAAAUCUACUCCUGGAAAUGCUCACACCUCCUACGAAAGCCUUGUCAAAUAUGUGUUUCUUCAGGUUCACGGUACAGAAGAAGGGUCAAACUACCACCAGGGUCAUAAAACUACUCCUGGAAAUGCUCACACCUCCUAGGAAAGCCUUGUCAAAUAUGUGUUUCUUCAGGUUCACGGUACAGAAGAAGGGUCAAACUACCACCAGGGUCAUAAAACUACUCCUGGAAAUGCCUACAACUCCUACGAAAGCCUUGUCAAAUAUGUGUUUCUUCAGGUUCAUGGUACAGAAGAAGGGUCAAACUACCACCAGGGUCAUAAAACUACUCCUGGAAAUGCCUACAACUCCUACGAAAGCCUUGUCAAAUAUGUGUUUCUUCAGGUUCACGGUACAGAGGAAGGGUCAAACUACCACCAGGGUCAUAAAACUACUCCUGGAAAUGCCUACAACUCCUACGAAAGCCUUGUCAAAUAUGUGUUUCUUCAGGUUCACGGUACAGAAGAAGGGUCAAACUACCACCAGGGUCAUAAAACUACUCCUGGAAAUGCCUACAACUCCUACGAAAGCCUUGUCAAAUAUGUGUUUCUUCAGGUUCACGGUACAGAGGAAGGGUCAAACUACCACCAGGGUCAUAAAACUACUCCUGGAAAUGCUCACACCUCCUAGGAAAGCCUUGUCAAAUAUGUGUUUCUUCAGGUUCACGGUACAGAGGAAGGGUCAAACUACCACCAGGGUCAUAAAACUACUCCUGGAAAUGCUCACACCUCCUAGGAAAGCCUUGUCAAAUAGGUGUUCUUGGCCAACGAAAUGUCUUAUGAUACGACCCAAUGAGUCUUUAGGUUUUCUCUCGUUACUGGGUACUGACGUUAAUACUGACAUAACACUGAGAGUUUCUUCUCAAAAAUCACACAAUAAAUCGUCACAUAAAUAUAACCAUUUAGUUUCUAAUAAUCCUAAACAUAACUACUAACACAAUAGAACACAAUAGAUACGCUUUCCUCU